AUGCCAAAAUCGAAAUCAACCUAUAUGAGUUCAGGCAUGACCAACUACCUUCCUUCGCAAUUUAUGACUACCAACUCAAAUAAUAUCGUAUCAGAUUAUGAUACUGAUUUAUAUCAGAUCUUCAUAUCAUUGUUAACUAGUGAAAUACCUUAUAAAUUAACCCUUCCCUUCGAUGAAUUAUUAAUUCCUAAAAUUAAAAGCGAGGGGAAAAUCCCCAGGCCACUUAAUUCAUGGCUUAUAUUUUUAAAAGAUUUUACUGCCAAGAUUAAGACCGAAUCCAACGUUAAAUUAUGUAUCAAGGAUAUAAGUUCGAUGGCCAGCAAAUCAUGGAGUAAUCAACCUCCUCAAAUUAAACAGUUUUUUGAGGUAUUAGGUGUUUCCGCCAAACAAGUUCAUACCUUGAUUUUUCCUGGUUACAAAUUUCGACCCGAACGGAAAUAUAAACUUCGAUUCGAUAACAUUAGAAGCAAUACUGCGCCACGGUCCGAUCUGUCAUCACAACUUCCUUUAAAGGGAGAUUCAUCGUUGAUGAACGAAAUAUGUCAACCGAAUUCAUUUUCAUUGGGUGAUGAUUUCCCGUCAUCUCCAUCAUACGAUUUAUUGUCAUUAGAUGAUAUUUAUAAUUCAUUAUCACAAAAUAGCAACACAAUGAAUGAAAGCAGCAUAAGAUUCUCUCGAAUAUUCAACGGAGUUAAUGACUCACAAAUGACGUUCAUAACUAAUGAAUGGAUUUUUAAUUAA